AUGGUGGGUUGUGUUUAUAAGGUUAUAUCAAAGAUCCCGGUUCAGAGGAUGCGGAAGAUAAUGCCAGGGUUGGUAGAAGAAACACAGAGUGCUUUUGUGCAGGGUAGAAAGAUACAUGAUAGGGCUUUGAUUGCAUGUGAAACUGUGCAGUGGCUGAAGUUGAAGAAAAAGAGUUCGAGAAUUAUUAAACUAGACUUUCAAAAGGCUUAUGAUAGAGUCAAGUGGAGUUUUGUGGAUAUUGUUUUGCAGAAGAUGGGGUUUGGCCGUAGAAGGAGGGAGCGAAUAAAGGAGUGUGUGUGUUCUGUGUCUAUGUCGGUCCUAAUAAAUGGCUCUCUCUCUAAGCCAUUCAAAAUGGAAAGGGGUCUACGAUAA